UGAAUUCAGUACCGAUCAGAUCCUGGACUUCGGGCUGGAUCGACAAGCUGACAGUGAGAUGACCGGCUACGUGGUUACCCGCUGGUACCGAGCCCCAGAGGUCAUCCUCAACUGGAUGCACUACACCCAGACCGGUUGCUGGGAAAAUACUUUUGAUGGUAAACUGCAUUUCGACUGCCCGUACAAACAAUCCAUUUCUAGUAUACAUAGCAAGCAUAGCAAUUACUAUGAGGACCGUUUAUGGGAGUUUCAGUGCCAGGACACCUUUAACUCAAACCCAGAGUGCUCCUGGACAAGCUAUGUCAAUGAUUUUGAUGAGGAGUUCACCUUUGUGUGUCCCAACAAUCACAUCAUGACGGGGAUGGCCAGCCAUCAUCGGAACUAUUAUGAAGACAGAAGAUGGCAGUUUCAGUGUUGCCGAACUAAUAACUACUAUAGCAAGUGUGAGUGGACGCCUUACGUGAACAAAUACGAUGAGGAAUUCACUUGGCUCGUUCCAAAAACGAAUUACCUUGUUGGAGCUGAAAGCGUCCACAGCAAUUAUUAUGAAGAUCGUCGCUGGAAGUUCUACUACUGCGAAAUGAUCAAAAAUAACUUUUAUAGGUAUUUUACAAAAAAAUGAGACAGUAAAAUUAAGACCUGCAAAUGUUUUCAUCAGGUAGAGUGUAAAGAAAAAUAAAUUUUGGUACCAAAACCAAA